UCUAGUGUGCUCCAUCUCUCUCCAAUAUAUAAAAAUAGAAGGCAGCUACUACCUAAGAUGUCAUUGUAAUGUUUCGUAUCUGAGAUGAAAUGUGAAGCUGUUACCUUUGAUGCUGAAUAAAAAUUAAGUGCAGGAUUUGCCUUUUAAAGAGUCGUUGAUCAAGGUCCAGUUCAAGAUAAUCAUCAACCAUCAUGAGUAACUACACCGUGUCUUUGGUUGGCCCAGCUCCCUGGGGUUUCAGGCUUCAAGGUGGCAAAGACUUCAAUAUGCCUCUGACUAUCUCUAGGUUAAGUGAUGGUGGCAAGGCAGCUCGAGCAAACGUGGGAAUAGGUGAUGUGGUUUUCACCAUUGAUGGCAUAAGUGCAGAUGGGAUGACUCAUCUGGAAGCACAAAACAAGAUUAAGGCCUGCACAGGAAAUUUGACUAUGACUCUGCAAAGAGUGGCUUCUACAACAAAACCUGAACCUGUUCCUGUGCAAAAGGGAGAACUUAAAGAAGUAGUUAAACCUGUGCCCGUUGCAUCUGCUGUUGCACCCAAAGUAACUUCCACAGUGAAUGUUGCCUACAAUAAGGCACCGAGGCCAUUCGGAGCUAUCACAUCCUCAAAAGUCACAUCCAUUCCAUCACCGUCGUCUGCCUUCACCCCAGCCCAUGUGACUGGUCCAUCAUCACAUGCUUCCCCUCCUCCACUCGCCACUGUCACCCCUCCCCCAUUUGCUGCAUCUGGACUGCAUGCUAAUGCAAAAUCUAGUACUGAUCAGCGUUCACCUGCACUGAGCGCUGUUAAAACUGCAGUUAAUAUCCCACGGCAGCCCACCACACACAAUACAGCCCUGAAUGCGCUUUCCACCGGGAAUGUCCAGGAUGUGACAGAAGGGCAAAGAAGAGGAUUCAAAGAGAACCAGGGUGACAGUAAACAGCAAAAUGGUAAUCUUGAGGAUGUGAAAAACCCACCUAAACGUCCACCAAGAAAACACAUUGUGGAUACCUACACGGAGUUUUAUCACAUGCCCACUCACAGAGAUGCCAGCAAGAAACGACUGAUUGAAGAUACUGAGGACUGGCACCCCAGAACAGGGACUACUCAAUCUCGUUCUUUUCGUAUCCUGGCCCAAAUCACCGGCACUGAUCAUAUGAAAGAACCAGAACCUGACUCUACAAAGAAGACAAAGGAAAGUCAAACAGAAAAUGGGGACCUCAGCAUGUCUACAGAUCUGCCUAAUGGAAUAGGAACUCAGAAUACCUCCUUAGAUGCAAGUAAACAUACAGUUGCUACUCAGACCUUUGAGAUGCCACCUGGGUCAGCUGUUCCAUCAACACCAUUGCCAGCUAUGAGGUCUGCUUUUCUACCAGAAUCUGCUUCAGUCACUUCUCCCUUAGCAGAGCCUUCACCUGUCAGUGUUCUCUCUCCUAAACUGUCUGAACAUGUUCUCGUGACUUUAUCUCCUGAGAGAAAACUUUUGUUUGACAAUCCUUUGGAAGCCUUACCUAAGGGUGCACCUCAUCCACCUGCUUUUGUUCAGAUUUUCAAUGUCAGUAGUGAAGUAGCUACAGUGUCUAAAAUGGCAUCAUUUUAUGCUAGGGAAAUAACUGAUUCUGCAGAAUCAAGUGCUCCAUAUGUAGCAAACUUGUUGGUAGAAGAAUCUGAAAAGGAGAGUUAUGUGCCUGAUAAGUGCACAGUAGCUACACAGACCUCUGAGCCAUUGUUACCUGCAGUCGUGCCAGUGGAGCAACCUUUUUCCAUCCAAUCUGUGGAACCCAGACCUUUGGUGCCUCCUCUUCCUGACAGGUAUGGUACAAUAGUGCCAACUUCUGAAACAAGUUCCUUUAUUAAUGUCUCAAGCUUUCAGUCUAAAUCAUCUGUCAGUCAAACAAGCUUUCACACUAGAAAAGUGCUUCCAGAAAAUCCACUGGAGAGUCUACCAAAAUUUGCUCCCAGUCCUGCUCCUUUUCCUUCUUCCACCCAGAGCUCAAAAAUUAAGAGCAGUGCUGCUGCUGCUGUAUCUGCUGCCGUUGCUGUACGGGCCAGACUCUCCAAUCCUAAUGUCUACCGCUCACUCUUGGAUGCCCUGCUCAUCACCCCUAUCAGUAAACCUCCUCCUCUGCAAACUGUCAAGCCCUCCAGGAAAUCAACAAGUGCUUUGGAGUUAAAAAGUAAUAAGAGCGAUUCCCUGGAGGCCACACAGCCUGUUGCUUAUGCUGCCUCAGUAAAGAACAUGCCUAUGAGUCCUGACACCAAAUCAUCUACAGCCAACAUCACAUCUGCUACAGCCGUUAAACCAACCGAACCUCAGAGUGCUGUCAAAUACUCAGGCUGGCAACCUUCAAACCAAGCAGCACAAGGAUGGACAUCAAACAGUAUUGCACCAUCUGGAGCAGCUGCAGCAAGUACCAAGUCUUUAAUGCAACCUCAGCGAACAGAGCAGGACACUUUAAUUCAAAGAGCAGAGCAUAUUCCAGCAGGAAAGCGUACCCCAAUGUGUGCCCAGUGUGAUCAAGUCAUUAGAGGACCUUUUUUGGUGGCUUUGGGAAAAUCAUGGCAUCCAGAGGAGUUUAAUUGUGCCCACUGCAAAACCUCCAUGGCUUAUAUUGGGUUUGUGGAAGAGAAAGGGGCCCUCUACUGUGAGGUCUGUUAUGAAAAGUUCUUUGCUCCUGAGUGUUCUCGGUGCCAGAGGAAGAUACUUGGAGAAGUCAUCAAUGCUUUGAAACAAACUUGGCAUGUUUCCUGUUUUGUGUGUGUGGCCUGUCAUAAUCCCAUCCGCAAUAAUGUCUUUCAUUUGGAAGAUGGGGAUCCGUACUGUGAAACAGAUUACUAUUCCCUCUUUGGUACCAUGUGCCAUGGCUGUGAAUUUCCCAUUGAAGCUGGUGACAAAUUUCUUGAAGCCCUGGGCCACACCUGGCAUGACACCUGUUUUGUGUGCUCGGUGUGUUGUGACAGCCUGGAGGGUCAAACUUUCUUCUCCAAGAAGGAUAAGCCACUAUGCAAGAAACAUGCUCACUCUGUGAACUUCUGAUUCUUAGGCCACAUCUUAAACUUAAGGAGUUGAGAGGAAGAUUGGAAUUCAUUGGCUGUCCAUUUUCCAUGAAUUGUUUGUUACCUAUAUACAUCUUUUUAGAAAUAGAAGCGAGAUGUGAGAGUGUUUCUCAAAGAACAGUUUUCUUUCAGUAAAAAGAGGGCGGGUAGCCUAAAUGCUAAGAGUUAAUUGUUAGGAUGAUUGUAUUUUCACACCCAGCAUGUUCCUGUAUUGGUCUCAUUAUUUAUAUGGGUAAAUUUAUAUUUGUUUAAAUAUCAGUAAUGAAGCAGUUACAAAUUCAGACCUGCUAUCAUAAAACCUGGUUUUGCUGCUAUUCAGAAAGAAAGGGGUUAUUGGCUUAGAUAUCCAAAUCAUAUUAGAGGUAUGAAUGUUUUUCUGAAAACAUAUCUAAAAAUGUUAAAACUAAAAUCCAGUAUUAGCACUGAAAAAAGAAUCUUAAAGAUAAGGAUUAAGAUAUAUGGAACAUGUUUUAAUGCAUGAAAUCUUCACUUUGGAUAACACUCUCACAUGGUCCAUGCUUGUCGUCCACUCUCACAGGACUGCAUGAAGCCCCUGGUAAUCAAAUUUGUAAUAGACCCACAAAGAACAGUGUGGAGAUUUACAUGUGACCUCCAAAUUAUGGGAUAGCUAUUCAAAUGGAAAGUAAUGAUUUAAGAAGUGCCCCUCAAGCCUCGGAGUAGACACAUGGAACACUGUUCUUUCAGAUGUGGCAUAUCACCAAAAUGCUAGCCAAAAAUGUCAGAGUAUGAAAUUGCAUCUGACAGGAACUGUCUAAUCAGAUCUUAAACUUAAUAUUUUCUGUACUUUUAUGCUCACAGUUCAGCAAUUAGAAGUGCUUGGGGGAGGAAGAAAGGGAAAGAAACUAUGUUAAGUCUGUAUGUAACAACGUUUUGUAUCCAGAAGAUGAGGCUUCUUCCUUCUGUUAUGAGGGAAAGUUCUGAAGUGCAACUCAGGACUUUGUUUUCUCCCAACACGGCCUCUGUGAUGUAGCUCAUGAAUAUAUAUAUAUUUAUAUAUAUGAUGUUUGUUUGUUUAGUGCAAGCUAUUUUCUUGUUUAUGUGCUAGGAUUUGUUUAGCUCAUUCUCUCUUUCAGUCUUCCUCUAGUCAUAAAGAAUGGAUUGUUGGAUAAUAUAAUAUUGAGUUAGGCAGUUCAGUGUGUCUCAGUUCUUGAAAAGGAACAGAGAUAAUGCUGUCAUUAUGCACAUAUUGCAAACCAACAGACUUUGCCAACAUCUUCUCUGGAUUAAUGUGAAAAUCACCCCUGUGCAGAGCCAGAACAAAGCCUAGACACCAGUGAAGUAGUAUUGUAGAUGUAUAAGAAAGGAACUGACUCUCUCCAGAGAGUGAAUUUCACUCCAGGAGAGUUGGACAACAGAGAAGGGGUCCUCUCUGUCCCAAAUGAGAAUCCUGCUUGAAGCCAGGUUUAUAUACUGCCUGAUUAAAUAGAGAAGUUAGAUAGAUAGUCUUUGUUGCCUUUCUGUUAAGUACACAUUUGCAUUUUAGAAUUGGUACUAAGGAAAAGUUUAUUAGUAAUGGUAUGAGGAAAAUAAAAUGAAAAGAAUUGACAUGUACUCUUGUUUGCCAUGGUUCAGUAAAGAAAAUAUUUGUGUAGAAUAUAUACGAAGACAAACCUAUUGUAUUGAACUCUAAAAGGAUCCGUAGUAUUCAGAAGAAUUCACUGAGACAGGGCUGUGCAAUAGGUAGUAUUUAAUUUGUAUUUCGUGAGGGUAUUUUUUUCUCAACACUUCUACACUUUAACUUCCAGUGAUAUGGGAGAAAUAUUGUAAAGCAACUUAAAAUGUUUACAGUCUUCUAGAUGUGGUUGAUGUGGAUAGGCCAAAAAAAACUCCAAUAAACAAAAUGGAACAAUCAAGAGAUGAGUAGGUUUUUGAACAGGAAGGCAGGCCAGGUAAUGUAUAGGAAUCAAGAAUAAUUUUGAGCAGGAAGACUGAUUGCCUUUGAAACAACUAGAAUGUUCAAAGCUGGGGCUCAAAUAAAUACUUCCAACAGAAAUUCAUAGCACAUAUUUGGGAAGGAGAUUAGAAUGGCUAGGCUGGAAGUGCACUGCACUUUCUGCAAUUAAAAAAAUAUAUGAAAAGUGGAGGGAUGCAAUAGGUUUCAAGAGGUAACACAUUUUUUCUGCUUGGAGUUGUACUAAAAUUAUUUCACUUGAAACAUUUAUUGGAAUCAUCUUUCUUAAUCCUUGUGGACCAGGAUUUAGAAUUAUCCCAGUUGCUAAGAACAUAGCCUGGAAAGGCUUAAUAGCAUUUCUUUAACCAGCUGGUUCACUUUUUAAUUUGUGCUCUAUUUCUGGACUUGUUUUCUUUUCUUUUUAAUAACUUAAAAUCACUGAUAUCUAUUUUAAUAUUAAAGGGAGGUAACACAUUUUAUAAUUACAGCAGAAACCCAAAGGAUCAGUAUGUCAAUAUAUAAAUGUUUUUAAGAGGUGAGAUUCUAGUAGGGCACUUUAUUAUAAUGCUGUGCAUCUCACUGAAUAUUUAUUAUUGUGGGUAGGAGUAUUUCAUAUUAAUAUCUUUGAUUUUAUUUUUAAGGAAGCAUUGCUUAUUUACCUCCAAAAUCAUUAGAUUUGUGUGUGUGUGUGUGUGUGUGUGUGUGUGUGUGUGUGUGUGUGUGUGUGUGUGUACACAUACACACACACUUUUUUUUCUGAUGACAGACUUGAUGUAGCAGAUCAGCACAGCUAGUUGAGCAGUGCUGAAAGCUAGGGUUUUCACAAUUUUCACAACUAUUUUUCACCAGAAUUGGCUUCAUUGAGGGUCCAGCCUUUGAACAAAUGUUAGAAUUUAGGGGCUUAAAUCUGCCUUCCAGUAAAUAUCAGGUGUGCCUGUAGAUGUGCCAGUUUUUUGGAAAAUCAACCGCUGCAUGCAUAUACAGUCACUGAUUUCUCAAACUAGGCUGGUUGGAGGACAGGACUAAACUCUGUGUCUGAGGUAAAAGGGAUUUAAAGAUGUAUAACUGAACCAAGAUGGCAGAUUUUGCAUGUUCUAACUAAUUUAUGAUAUAGAAUUAGUAGUAAAUAACAAUUACAUUUUAAUUUAACACUGCUGCAAAUAUAAAGGCAAAAGAUGGUUAGUGGUACAGUAUGCGCUUAUAUAUUGAGCAGUCAUUAUUGGCUGCAUUUGCUGAGCUGCUAGCAUUUUCUGAUAAUAGAAAUGGCUUGGUUAAGAGCAGUAAAGGGAAAAUAUUUCAAUUCACAGAUUAUAGUUUUUUUUCAUCUUGCUUUACUUCAAUCAACAGCUAAAGAAUUUUUCUGGUUUGUUCGCUUGUAUUUGUUAUUCUUUGCCUUCUAAUUUUGUUUGUUCACCUUUGCAAAAUUCAUAAAACAAAUCUUUGUUCAAUCUUAGUUUUGUUUUUGAAAAAAUGUCUAUAAAAAGCACAAACAACGAAGCAAUAUCCUGAUGUACGCAUAUUAAUAAAUAGCUCUGGAAUUGUA